AUGUGGAGGUUUCAUUCAGGUCUCUCUUUAAAUAAACACUCUUUGGCAGGAGAAAAACAAAACUCGGAGGGACCAGAGCCAGAGACGUCCAAACCAGCAAGACGACACCUCUGCUCCCAGAUUGGAAAGAGUUUCAUCAAGUUAGGAAACCUGAAAGUUCAUGAGCGAAUGUACACAGGGGAGAAGCCAUACCAUUGCGCCCACUGUGUUAAGAGUUUUAAACGGUUAGACACCCUAAAAUCUCACGAGCGAACACACACAGGGGAGAAGCCUUUCCAUUGCUCCCAGUGUGGAAAGAGUUUUAGCCAGGUAGGAAACCUGAAAACUCAUGAGCGAAUACAUACAGGGGAGAAGCCUUUCCAUUGCUCCCACUGUGGAAAGAGUUUUAGCCACUUAAGAAAUCUGAAAUCUCACGAGCGAACACACACAGGGGAGAAGCCUUUCCAUUGCACCCAGUGUGGAAAGAGUUUUAGCCAGUUAGUUAACAUGAAAAGACAUCAGAGGAUACACACAGGAGCAAAGCCACACCAUUGCUCCCAGUGUGGAAAGAGUUUUAGCCAGCCAGGAAAGCUGAAAGCUCAUGAGCGAAUACACACAGGGGAGAAGCCGUUCCAUUGCUCCCAGUGUGGAAAGAAUUUUAUGCGGUUAGACACCCUCAAAACUCAUGAGCGAAUACACACAGGGAAGAAGCCAUACCAUUGCGCCCAGUGUGGUGAGAGUUUUAGCCAGUCAGGAAUCCUGAAAGCUCAUGAGCGAACACACACAGGUGAGAAGCCUUUCUAUUGCUCUCAGUGUGGAAAGAGUUUUAGCCAGUCAGGAAUCCUGAAAGCUCACGAGCGAACACACACAGGGGAGAAGCCUUUCCAUUGCUCCCAGUGUGGAAAGAGUUUUAGCCACUUAAGAAAUCUGAAAGCUCAUGAGCGAAUACACUCAGGGGAGAAGCCUUUCCAUUGCUCCCAGUGUGCAAAGUGUUUUACCCAUUUAGGAAAUUUGAAAGAACAUGUGAGACUGCACACAGGGGAGAAGCCUUACAAGUGCUCAGAUUGUGGGAAGAUAUAUUGCUCAUCACAGUCACUAAAACGUCAUGUGAGAAUCCACACGGGAGAGAAUAAUUACUUAUCCUAGUGUGUAAAUUGAUAUUUCACAUCACAUUGACUUAAAAUUCAUCAGAGAACAUACACAGUGCUCCCGUUGUCUUAUAUUGUUGACUGGUAAUGUUUUUACCUGUUUAUAUCAUAUGAAAUGAAAAUGGUACAAAGUAUAC